AAAGGCACUAAUCGAACGAGAGCGAAAGGAAUAGUAGCAAAACAACGGAAAAAAACAAGCAGCACGAAAAACGUGCGCGCGCUGCUCGAAUCUGUGGUUUUAUAAAAUUAAACAGUGAUGCUAAUAAUUACGUUAUUUCAAGAUUAAACCUGCUGCGAUAAAGACGCGAAUUUUGUGGUGCGCGGAUGCGAAUCGUUUCGCAGGAUAUUUUCUUGUGCAUUCUAGGAUUUUUGGUGCGAUUGUUCGGUUGCCGGUAGAUGGUUGCUAGUUUGAAAGAGAAUUUAGCUUGUUGGAAGUGCAAUUCGAAAAAAGGAUAUUCGUUUGUGUUUGGCAAGUGAUUCGAAAGGAUCGAUUUUUGGCAAGUGAAUCUUAACUAGAAAUCAGUGAUCUGUGGCUAAGGUUCUGGAAAAAUUCACCGAAUUUGAAAGUGUAUUUUGCUGCACCCGCAAAGCAGAAGCGUUGCAUGAUUUUCAACCCUCCUCGUGGCCCCUCAACUGGAGUAUCUAUAUGUGCUGUCGGCUUGCUACUACAGAUUCUAUCGCUCUGUGCUACUGGAAACUGGUGUUACAUCAACAAGCUGAGCUCGAAAAAGAUGCACGUUUCGGAUCAAUAACUGAAUUGCAGAACGAUACAGUGUUGCUGUGUCGAAACGAGCUAAGUGAAACAGGAGCUUCAAAGAAAUCAUCCCGGAUAGCAACCUUCAAACUGUUGACUCAUCAGGCAGCUAGCUGUUUCAUCAACUAGUAUUACAGUCGGCCGAUUUAUAACGCCAUAUAUCCGAUGCCAUACAGUCGGUGAUUGAAAUGAAGUACUUUUUGUACAUAACACUGAUCUCGAUUCUGCUCGGCAAACACUAUGGUUUGACGCACGUCAUUCGGAAACGACAGCUCUUCCGAGAACAAGUACUACCACAUGCCGGCGGCAAGAUCCCGGAUUCGGCCUUCCACACCGACCGGUUAGCGUUGAACCAACUCCAGAAGGAGGGCUUUGCCGUUCCGGAUGGAGUGUUGCUGGAGCAGAGACGCUACCAGGUUUAUCAUCAUCCGUACCGAACAGUACGGCCUACAUUUAUGGUGGCUCAAACCACCGACGGUCGAUAUACGUCACACGGAGGACAGAACGAGAUCGGUGCCGUGGACAGCACCUAUUCCAUUCCGAUGCCGUGGGAGAAAGAUCCGUACCAGAAACAUACGGCCAAGUACUACCACAGACUUCCGCUAGCAGUGCCAGUGUUCAAGGAACUUCGAAUACCGCAGCAUUCGGUAUUCAAUUUUGACUAUAGUCAUCUUAAAAGUAAGCUACAACCAGUAUUGACAAAGCGACCCAUUACGGUCCAUCCCGCAGCACCCGUUGUGACCGGGUAUACUCCUCCCGUGAGUCUGUUCCAUAAUAAUCACAGUCCAAUGCCGAGUUUGUCGUCGCCGCAAAGCUUUGUCAGUUACCACGCAGCGCUGGGUAACCUCCUGAGUUACCAACCAGCUUUCGCGUAUAGUAACGGCUGGAGUCCGCCAAGCGUCUUUCAUCCGGAUCCCGACUUUUUGUCCCACCCACUUAGCAGUUUCGAGGACUUUUACGGCGAUCCUAGUGGCAAACAACGCUAUUACCGAAACGUGAACCACCACCAUCACGAGCAGCAGCAGAGUGGUUCGACUGGAACGACGAGGGGUGAGAUACGCCAGUCUCGGGCCAGCAGCACCGGCAGCUUCGAGCAGCAACAGCAGACUGUUCCCAAAGGACGAAAGUCGUCGCCAUUGUUAUCAGCAGUAAGAGGAGUAGGAGCAACAUCAUCUUUAGUGUCUUCCACGCGGCAGCGCAAGAAACGAUACAGCAUGGCUGUUAAAGCAAUCACCGAUGAAGCUCACUUCCAAACCGAACUAGCCGCAGCAGGAGGAAAAUUGGUCGUUGUGGAUUUUACCGCAGCUUGGUGUGGACCGUGCCGAAACAUAUCGCAUUUGUUCGAUCAGCUUCCGGCGAAAUAUCCAAAGGCUGUGUUUCUCAAGGCGGACGUCGACAGAUCUUGUAUGAAUCUGGAGAAGAUUACGGUCAUGAAUGUUGCACUUAAACACCUUCAUCCAGAAGAACCAGUGCGAAUGUUUGAACGAAUCGAACGAACACCCGAUGGUGAAUGCGCUCAGUUCCAGCGGUCGGUUCCGUCCGAUUGUGACGACCAGUUGAUCAUUUCGAUUACCUUCAAUCAGCCGGUCAAAAUCAGUGCCAUCAAGUUCAAAGCACCGCCCUCUCACGGACCGAAAAAAGUUUCGGUGCAGGAUCUGGUACUGGGGCAGAAGGAUCUUGUGCCGGGAUCGCCGAUUCCGUUGCACUUCGUUAAAUUUCAGAACGUGCAGAAUAUGCAGCUGUUCGUGAAGGAUAACCAUUCUGGUGACGAGACGACCAUUAUCGAUCAUUUGGCCUUCAUCGGGUCACCGAUUGCAACGACUAAGAUGGAUGACUUCCAGCGGGUGGCUGGGAAGAAGGGAGCAAUGCUGAAGCUCGCGUUCCUCGCAGCCGCCGGGCUGCUGUGCGCGGUCCAGUGCAUCAAGGUCGACUAUUACGGUUCGCUGUACCACCAGGACGAGCUGCAUGCACCGUACAAGAGUGCCAAGGAACCGAAGCAGGACUUCAACAAGAUCCCCGGUGUUCCCGGUGUAGACUAUCCGAUCUACCACGAAGUGCCGCACACUAGCUUCAGCUGCGACCAUGUCCCCGCCGUUCCAGGAAUGUACGCUAACGUUGAAACCGGCUGUCAGGCGUACCACACCUGUCACGAUGGCCGCGAGGGACCCCAGGGAGCGUCCUUCCUGUGCACCAAUGGAACCGUUUUCAAUCAGAAGGAAUUUGCCUGCGACUGGUGGUACAAUGUCAAGUGCGAGGAAGCACCCAGUCUAUACGCUUUGAAUACGGAUCCGGAGCAUAACCCGUUCGUACCGAAGCGGAAACCGGAGGAUGAGCUGCAACAUCAUAAGUUCCUGAUCAAUGUCUAGAGAAAAGUUCACGGCUCGCGCGGGUAACUAGAUCAAUUUGGUUCUUUCGUUGUUUGUUUUUGGAGAUUUUAGCCCUGUUUCACUUUGCUGUCAGUUGGAUGUGCUUCCUGUGUUCGUGUGUCAAGGCAGAGAAGUUGGAUGUAAUUGGUCGUAAAUUGGUGAAAUUUAUGAAUUUUCCGAGUGAAGCAGGUAUGUCAUGUAAAUAUCCUUAAUAGUAAAUAAUU